GCACGUACCACUCGCUUGCCGUAAUCGCAGUGGCGCCUGGGAAGGACAGCGAAAGCGGCGGGAGAGCAGCUCUUCGAUCUGAAAUUUAAUCUAUGCCAAUAAUGUUGGACAUUAACUAGGAGAUUAGAGUGUAUUUAGUCACAUAAAUAAGGCGAUUGGUUUAAUAACGGAAGGCUGUUUCGUACAUGCUGUUGUCGUCGGGGUGAUUCUUUGAAGCGUUUCCCGGGAAAAAGGUUUUUUUUUGGUGGGCAACAAUGGCGAAGGUACAGGUGUUGAAUGUGGCUGUCCUGGAUAACCCAAGUCCGUUUGGAAACCCUUUUCAGUUUGAGAUAACCUUCGAGUGCAUGGAGGACCUCCCUGAAGGCAAGUACUGUCUAUUUUAAAUAAGUCAUUGUUGAAUAUCUGAAGCCAAACUGUGGGCUAGUUUCAAAGAAUGCUAACUGCUAAUGCUAGGUUUGUUAGCAUGUUGUUAUGGCAGAGCUGUUGUAUUAGAUCGCACAAGUAUUCACUAUACUAUUGCUGGUUUGCGUGUGUCACACAUUUUGUAGUCCUUAUAUGGUUGUACGGGUUAGUUGUCCCAGCACAAUGUCAACAAUUAUUCAUCUGAUCAUGAGAAAUAAUAAAAGUUUGUUUGCUUGUAUCCAGAUCUUGAAUGGAAGAUCAUCUACGUUGGUUCAGCAGAGAGCGAAGAGUAUGAUCAAGUUCUCGACUCGGUCUUGGUUGGUCCAGUACCUGCUGGAAGACACAUGUUUGUGUUUCAGGUGAGUAUCCGUCGAGAGAUGAAUGUUGUCGACCGCUUGCUUCUGUAGUUAUACCAGCUUUAGUAACGAUCGCACGAUAGCAGUACACAGCUGUCUGAGGAGCCACAAACAAACCUCAACCAAAACGCCACUCUAUAGCCACAAAUAAUGCUCAGAACAGCACCUAACUUCAUCAACAGUACAUCUAGGGUCCUAGCCACCAAACAUCUGCCUGGUUUCUUUAGCAAAGUGACACCUACUCUCUUUGAGCAGCCGUUUAUUUGUAGCGAGACCUCAGGCCAGUCCAUUACGAAGUGCUGUGGGAUGACGCAGCUCAAGGAAGAACAUUUAUGAUCAUUUCCCUGAAGUAAUCAUCACCAUAUUAAUCCUUUUGCACUGCAGACGCGGUAGUUCUUCUGCCUUUGCAUCUCGGUCUGAUUGCAUUUCCAUGAAGAAAUGAUCGAGAGAGUGUCUAACUCAGUGUUACCCUGUGAAUUAAUUUUAUGCCGUAAUAUCCCUUCAAUUAGAGGCUUGGUUUUCUCUCAAAGUGAUACACUUACAGGUUAAGAGAGACAAAUUAUUAGGUAGACAGAUUAGUCAAGUGGAUGUCUUGUAUUUUGACAAGCUCAACAUCAUAAUCGCAUUAGCCCCUCACGUGAUCAAAACUGUCUUUCCUAAAUGAACAAACCAGUAUAAUAAUGCAUUUUGGUGUUGACAGCCAUGAUCUGAUAUUUAUGGCAUACAUAAAUAAACCAGCAUUUUUGUCUUUUCAAUCAAUUUGUUUAAAAUCUACCAGAAAAAUGCUACCAACUAAAUUGACUGUGCAUAUUCGAUUUCAAUGUGCAUGGAAUCAUGAAUUUAUGCAUGACUUUAUUUUUUAUUAACCCUAAUACUUAACCUAUUUUUUUUUCCUUAAUAACCUUGGAUAGAUAGCAGGACAGAAAUACAAAAGUCCCUAGUGGCUAGAUUUUACUUCACCAAAUAUUUUAAAAAUUUAAAAGAAGGUUAAUUAAAGUUCAGCAUUUUUUUCCUCACUUUGGUAUUAUUGCUUCAGAUGGAUUAUUAGGGCCACAUUAAGAAAAAAAUGACUUAGAGAAAAUGAAGACUUUGAGAAUAAAGUCAUUAAUUCAUGAGAAUAAGUCAUUACUAACGAGAAUGAAGUCUUACUAAAAUCAAUACUUAUGAGAAUAAAUUUGUAAUAAAAUCAUUUCUUAAGAGAAUAAAGUCGUAAUAAGGUAUUUAUUUACCCCAAUACUCCGUAGUUAUUCCUGUAUUUUGUCAAAUGCAAAAAAAAAAAAAGGAAAAAAAAUCUACAAAAUAAACAUUGUGAAAUUUGUCAUUAUAUAUUGGUCAACUGCAGACCUGCUCUGUCUUCAUCUCAAAAGAAGCUUUGUGCUUUGGGACUUAACAUUGUUGUUUGUCUUCACAGGCUGAUGCCCCAAACACUGGAUUGAUCCCUGAGAGUGAUGCUGUUGGUGUGACUGUAGUGCUCAUCACCUGCACAUACCGUAGCCAGGAGUUCAUACGCAUCGGUUACUAUGUCAACAAUGAAUACACCGACCCAGAACUUCGUGAAAAUCCACCAAUCAAGCCAGACUACACACAGGUCAGAUGAUGAUGGAUAAACUAAUGUAUUUAUUCAUAACAAACAUGGUCUCAGUGGAUUUCUUUGUCAAAUGUUAGUGUCUGGUAUUCUGUGCUUUGUUGCUGUCUUUUUUAGAUUUUAAAUUGUACUUUGGGAAAUGGCAUUUCUUGAACCAAACAUAUUCUUGACUGUUUACAGAAGGGUAGUGAAGUAAUUCUGCAAUGAAAACAUAACCAAGAGCAUCCUGGUGUACCAAGUCCAGUGUGUAUCCCACAUUCCAGGACUAGUCCUGACUGCACUGUCUGUGGAUUUAUGUCAAAUUUUUGACCUAUUGCUUCACAUGCAAAUCUGUCUUUUCCUGGCAUGUCAUGACUUUCCAGCACCAAUAUAGGCAAAAUGAAUAAACAAAAAUCAAAUAUGUAAUAUUUACUUUUCACUGGUGCAAUACAAAAAUACCUUUCACAACCAUAACCUCAUAUGAAUGUCAGUCAUUUAACUUAACUAUGUAACUUUAACUUUUUAUGCAGGUAGAGGUGUUAGUGUUUGUUAAGCCAGACACAAAAAUUUCCAAGAUAAAGAAAUAUAGUACAGUUUCCUGUGUGAUUACAGUUGCUAAAUUUAGAGUAGGUUAUUUUAUACUUGUUUAAGUGAUAACUCAUGAUUGAUCAGUACAGUUCAAACCUUUGUACUGCUUUUAUCUACAGGGUUCACAUUUUCUCACCAUGAGUCUCAGUACAUAAGUGUGAUAUAUUGCAUAAUGAUAACAUAGUCCUUAAUGAAACCAUUCACUCGUUCAGUGUCGCCAAUUUAAUUUUUCCAACUUUAUUUUUCAGCUUCAGAGAAAUAUCCUGGCUUCAAAUCCUCGUGUUACUAGAUUCCACAUAAACUGGGAAGGCUGUGCAGAGCGAAUGGAAGACUCUGAAAACGUUGACCCCAGUUCAAACUCCAUGCUUCCUCCAUCCUGUCUCCCCGGCAAGGCCCCGCCCCUGGGGUUACUUCCAGAUAACUCAAUGGACUGCUUAUAAAGAACAACCCUGCCCCAAAGGUGAUUUUCUCAAAGCACCAGUCCUUAUUUUUGAAGAAAUGCCUGUGGACAUUCUAGUGUGGAAGUACAGACAGACAUCUUUGCCUUACAGCUGCCUUCAUUUAAUGGAAGCUCGACAAAACAAACCCUCACCUUUGGCUUCAGAUGAGUUUGUUCUGAGGAAAAUCAUGAACAUCUAAUGGGUAUAAUCAGCAUCUGCAGACAGAAUGGUUGCCGCCAUGAUGUUAAAUGCAAUAUUUAAAUACUAAAACUCUUCGAAGGAAAACCGGUUACAACAAAACAGCUGAACACGAUGUAAACCUGAUGUGUGAUACACCGUCUCUCUGUUUGGGCAGAACUCACCCAUAUAAGGGGAUUUCAGCAAUGAAGCAAUAGGCAAAUAAACCUCAAUGUGUUGCUGUACAGGAGUUUAAAAAUCCACUCUUAUAUGUGUUCUGAUUUCUUUUGCACUUAAGCCUUUUCACACUUAGAUUUUGGAGCUUGGUAAUGCUUUAAGCUAUAUUAUUUACUCCUGUUUGUUUCUUUUGCAUUUUACAUUACAAUUUUGUGUUUCAAUAAAAAAAAUGUUUUGUUAUGAA